ACAGAAAGACAGACAACACACCUUUGGCAGUUCCAGCACGCGGGGCUGACCCACUACAGACGCGGAAGCCUCCAGACUGGCUCGGCUGUCUGCGGCGCACUUGUUGUCACAACAGAGAUGAUUGAAACUUGACCUGGAUUUCUGGCGGCGUGAGGAAUCACCAUCCCAGCAGGAGGCUCUGAAGCCAAAGAUCUCUCCUGUGCCAACACAGAGAAAGGAUUUAGGGUUUGCACUGCGCUGGCUGGAGUCCAGCUCCUUCGCCCGAGCUGCUCGGAACUUACAGCGGAAUAUAAAGAGAGAAAAAAAGGGCCUGUGUUUACACAAAGUCAUCAAGCCACCUCUUUUAUCUUUACCUCCUUUUUUUUCACGUCUUUGUCCUGGCUGCUCAUUAUUUACCUCCUCACUCCCGUCCUCAAGGGUGCUAUUAUCCCAUGAGCAGGACCCAUCGGCUCAUCUUGGCACCCCAUUUAUCCGUCUCAAAAUGAACUCUUCCACCUCCCUCACAUCCUUGUUCUCCUUCACCAGCCCGGCGGUGAAGCGUCUGCUCGGCUGGAAGCAAGGGGACGAGGAAGAGAAGUGGGCAGAGAAGGCCGUGGACUCUCUGGUGAAGAAGCUGAAGAAGAAGAAGGGAGCGAUGGAGGAGCUGGAGAGGGCCCUCAGCUGUCCUGGCCAGCCCAGUAAGUGCGUGACGAUUCCUCGUUCAUUAGAUGGGAGGCUGCAGGUAUCCCACAGGAAGGGUCUGCCUCAUGUGAUCUACUGCAGAGUGUGGCGCUGGCCCGACUUGCAGUCCCACCAUGAGCUGAAGGCCCUCGACUGCUGCGAGUUCCCCUUCGGCUCCAAGCAGAAAGACAUCUGCGUCAAUCCGUACCACUACAGACGUGUGGAGACUCCAGUGCUUCCACCAGUUCUGGUCCCCCGCCACAGCGAGUUCAACCCACAGCACAGUUUGCUGGCAAAGUUUCGGAACACUUCCCUGAGCAACGAGCCGAUGAUGCCCCAAAACGCCACCUACCCUGACUCCUUCCCUCCUCUGCCCUGCUCCUCCUUCUCCUCCUCCUCCCCUGCCUCAUCCCUCGCUCAGUCCCCCACCUCACAUAGCUACCCCAACUCCCCCAGCAGCUCUGCACAGCCUGGCAGUCCGUUUCACAUCACAGCCGAGACUCCUCCGCCCCCCUACAGCAUGAUGGAGACAAACUCUCAAGAGGAUGUGAAACCAAGCAACUCCACGGAAACUAUUAAACUCACGUUUUCUGCUCCGCACAGAGACUUGAGGCCCGUGUGCUACGAGGAGCCCGAGUACUGGUGCUCCAUAGCCUACUAUGAGCUCAACAACCGAGUGGGGGAAACAUUCCAUGCCUCGUCCCGCAGUGUCUUGGUGGACGGCUUCACGGAUCCAUCUAACAACAAGAACCGAUUCUGCCUCGGCUUGCUGUCCAACGUCAACCGCAACUCCACCAUCGAGCACACGCGCAGGCACAUAGGCAAAGGGCUACACCUGUACUAUGUGGGAGGGGAGGUGUACGCCGAGUGUCUGAGCGACAGCAGCAUCUUCGUCCAGAGCCGCAACUGUAAUUUCCAGCAUGGCUUCCACACCACCACCGUGUGCAAGAUCCCCAGCGGCUGCAGCCUCAAGAUUUUCAACAACCAGCUCUUUGCUCAGCUGCUCGCCCAGUCGGUCAACCACGGCUUCGAGGUCGUCUAYGAGCUCACCAAGAUGUGCACCGUCCGCAUGAGCUUUGUAAAGGGUUGGGGUGCUGAAUACCAUCGACAAGACGUGACCAGCACCCCCUGCUGGAUCGAGGUGCACCUGCACGGCCCCCUACAGUGGCUGGACAAGGUCCUCACUCAGAUGGGUUCCCCACACAACCCCAUCUCCUCAGUAUCAUAACAGGAACUGGUCCUCACACAGGUAGUCGUAGAUUCUGUUUCGCUGUGUUUUCCGUCCGAAGGUUCCUCCCAUGACAUCUUAUCCAAAAAGGACAAAAUUUGUCAUUUCAAGCUUUAAAAUGUAAAAACAUACYUUAAAUGUGUCCUUUUAUUUUUGGUAUAAAGUUUUGCUCUUUGUGUUUGUUUCCUCUGGGAAAAGUGAACUGCACAAGACAAAACAAGGGAUAUAUUUAGAGGUACUUGUUAAAUAUAUUGUGAUAGUGGUAUGUGUUGUGUUUCCAUGUCCUGACCAAUGGUUGAGUGAAUGUACUGUUUGAUUUUUAUAUGUUCAUUUGAAGUUGCUUGUUCUGUAUUUUCCAUUUUGUUUUUCAAAGAUUUGAUUUUUUUUAAAGCCUUAGCUUGUUUUCCCUUAGAUUUAAGAAUAAAGCUUAGCCCAUACUAUAAACUCA